AUGCCCAAUACUUAUCGAACAACCGAAGAGAUUUUCGCAUCGCGUCUCGACGACGGAAAACUGGUAAUCGCCGCCUUGAUUUUUGCAUUUUUUUUUUGUUGCAAAAAGUUAUCAUUUUUCAAAGGAGAGUGGAAUUUUCGCAGACCCGGCUGCAGCUGUCCAACAUGGGCCUCUUCGCUUCGGGCGCGUUCAGUAACGUGUACAAAGGAGUCGCGCGGUCCGACUCCACGGCCGCAGAAGUCGUCAUCAAGAAGACGUGGCCGCGCUCGAAGGGGGCGCCGUUGGAGGUGAAGAUUCUCGGCCGACUGAACCGACUCAAGCACAAGAACAUUGUCCGGCUAUUGUACAGCUAUCAGAAGGAGCACGACGGUAAAUUAGUCGAUGAGACGACACAAUUCCACCGGUUUUCGCUCGUUCAGGCCGUAUCUGUCUGGCGCUGAUCUUCGAGUACGUGCCCCUGAACCUGCAUCAGUUCCUCAAACAAAAUCAGCGACAACUCGACAUUGUGGAGGUCAAAUUGAUUACGUGGCAGUUGUUUCGAGGACAAUCACACUUGAACAAGGUACAGUACUCCUACCGUACCCGUCUCUAACCUUUCUCUUUUUCGAUGGAAAUCUGUCACCGCGACAUCAAACCGCAGAAUCUUUUGUACAACGCCGAUUCGGGACUUCUCAAGAUCUCGGACUUUGGCUCCUCGUCGCUUGAAGUGUCGAAAUCGAGUGUGCAGCCGAGUUACCACGUCACUCGCUACUAUCGACCGCCCGAACUCUUGCUCGGAUCACAGAAAUAUGGUUGCGAGAUUGGUUAGUCUUGAGAAAAGUAUUUUUGAUUCAGGCGGACUAGAGUUUGAAAUUCUUCUGAAACGGCAAACAUUUUUCAGACAUUUGGUCGUGCGGAUGUGUGCUCGGCGAGCUGCUGAAGGGCGGAGUGUUCCUGGCCGGCCGGAACACUGCCAACCAGAUCGAACUCAUUUUCGAUCUUCUCGGAAAGCCGUCGAGCGAAGAGUUGACGGCGAUGAAGGCGAACAAGGAGAAGUACGAGGACACGUGUCAGGUACUGGGGAAAGUUGGCGGUCAACGACUUUUGAGACACAUUCUCGGGUCUUUUGACGUGCUACGCAGCCACGGUCUCCAGAGCUGACAAUAUGGGCGUGGCCUCGGCGGCCAAAUGGCGUUUUCAUGAAUUGAGCAGGUUUUUUCGUGAUUUUUGUGGUCAAAGGCGAUGAAAAAUGAUUGUUCGACAUGAAAACACACUAAUUCUCAGAAUUAUUAUAGGGGCACCGCACAGAAAUGGCGCUCUGUUGAGAAACUUUUUUUUGCAGUGCAAAUUUUGCGACCUCGGGGCCGAGUUUGAAAAGUUAGGCCACGUUUUCAGUGGAAAAUUACCUCGCGGCCUAGAAAUUCGGCCAGAUUGCGAACAGCGCGCCCUUUCUGUCCGGUGCCCCAAUAAUAAUGACGUUUUGGCGCAUUUUUCGCCGACUUUGCUUUUUCGCCUUCGCCGCCGAUCGCCGCACUUCUCAUUUUGCGCUUUCUUGACCGUUUUCCGACAGAAUUGCUUUUGAGAAUGAUAAAUCACGUAAAUACAAGCAUUUUGAGCGCUCGAACCGCGAAAAUUACCGAAAAGCAACUGAAAUUCACGCAGUUUUAGCCAAAAACCUUCAAACGGAUAAAUUUGAUUUGCGACUUGACCAAAUUUGACGCUCUUGCGCUUAAAAAAUUCGUAAUAGCCUAUACAAUCGGUCUAUCGAGAGACAAAUGAGAAAUUAUCGGUUUUUCGUGGCUAAUCUGGCAAAAAACACAAAUUUUGCUGUUAAAAUUUAAAUUUCGCGCCAAUGUAUCGCUCUAUUGGGCGCGGCGCACUUGCGCGCCCAUUCUCUGCUCUGGAGACCGUGCGCAGUCAAUUCGGCGACAGCCGUCGGAUGAUGUCACUCAUCUGAUCAUUGGUUUUUCCAAGAUUGGACUAGUUGAGACUAAUGCUCCUCAGGUAAGUUAUCUUUAUGGUUGUCGUGACGUACAUGAUUCGAUAGCGUAUGUUUUGUUGAUUAUUUUUGCAAACCGUGUAUGCCACAACCCAUAAGGUCAGGCUAUCUGAGGAGCAGUAAGAGCAUGAUGAACUUACUAAAUGAAGCCAAUACUUUCAGUCGUACUUGCAAGGAUCGCAACGAAAGAUUGACUUUUCGUUCCUCUACAAUCCGAAUGCGAGCACGCAACGGGACAGACGAACCGCCGUUUUAAAUAUGGUUCGUCAUGGGUUUUGUUUUGUAGUAUGCACAUAAUUGCUUUAAAUUCCAGGCGCUCAGACGGCAGGAGAUGAUGGAUUCGGUGAAUGUGCUGCGGCAAGUGCUCGUCUACGAUCCACAAAAUCGUCUCGGAGGCGUCGAUUUGCUCAUGCAUCCGUACUUUCAUCAGGUCGAGAAUUCUGGAGACAUUUCACGCUUCUAACAUCAACUUUUUUGCAGCUUUUCGAGGAGACGACAGUGCGUUCGAACGGAAAACGGAUCACAUGCCUCUCGGCGUCGGAUUACCAGAAUGCAAAGGCCGGAGACCAGACGGUGACGAUCGAGAGCACGGAUGUGUGA